AGCGAAAUAACGACGCAUGUCCCUAGCCGAGAAAAGCACGAAGCGCGUCGUCAUAGUCGGUGCAGGCCCCGUCGGGUGUCUCGCCGCACUCGCCUUUGCACGCAAAGGCUGGCUCGUUGAUCUCUACGAAGCGCGCUCAGAUCUACGUCUGCCGGCGUCAAAGGCAGUCAGCCAGCAGCGUUCCAUCAAUCUUGCUAUUUCAUCUAGGGGAAUUGCUGCCCUCCAGGCAGUAAGCCCGUCAGCGGCUCAUGGCCUCCUCCAGUCUGCCAUUCCUAUGCGUGGUCGCAUGAUCCAUGACCGCCACGGAAGGCAAGAGAGCCAAUCUUACGACAGACACGGACAAUGUAUCAACUCCAUGGACAGAGCGCUUCUCAACGAAGGCCUGCUUCAAGAUGCUGAGAACACGUCCAAUAUUCGCCUUUUCUUUAAACAUAAAGUCGUAGCUGUCGACUUUGAUCAAAGAUACAUGACAGUUCAGGAUCUAAGCUCGGGUAUUGAUAAAAGGGUCGACUUCCACUUAUGUAUAGGAGCAGACGGAAGUUACUCUGUCAUUCGACGGCAAUUAAUGAGAGUAGUCAGAAUGGAUUUCCAGCAGGAGUACAUUCCGCAUGAGUACGUCGAACUCAAAAUGCCGGCCGGCGAGGACGAGCACGGCAGGCCGCGUUUUCUUUUGGAUCCGAAUCACCUCCACAUAUGGCCUCGCCAUUCAUUCAUGCUCAUCGCGCUCCCUAACAAAGACAAAACGUUCACCUGCACACUUUUUGCCCCCAGUGCCGACCUUGAUCGCCUAACCAGUCGUCAAGCUACCCUGGACUGGUUUGCAACCCAAUUUCCUGACGCUCUUGCUUUGAUUGGUGCGGAGAAGAUUCUCGCCGAUUUCGAGAAUAAUCCUCGGAGUCCGCUUAUCUCAACUAAGGCAAAGCCUUACCAUUACAAAGACCGUUGCAUUAUUCUCGGGGAUGCCGCACACUCAAUGGUUCCAUUUUACGGCCAAGGGCUGAAUUGUGGCCUCGAGGACGUACGCGUCCUAAAGACCAUCCUAGAGGACGCCAGUGUUUUUGCUGACCGUGUGGCAAAUUGGUCGGGAGAGCCCGGAGAGAUAGAUAAACCUCUAGCGACCGCACUAUCGAGGUAUUCGGAAAGCAGACAUGGCGACCUCGUCGCCAUUUGCAAGCUUGCAAUGGAUAAUUAUACUGAAAUGCGACAUUCCGUCACAACACCGGCCUACAUACUAAAGAGGCUCCUUGACAACGUUCUUUAUGGGCUGACUUCCGGUGGGUCAGCGGCGCCGCCCAUCACGCAGGAGGCUCUUUCGCGGAAGCCAUUCCCCACUCUCCAACCCUGUGGAUGGCUUCCCCUUUACACUAUGGUCACCUUCCGACCCGACAUCAGCUAUGCUACGGCCAAGAAGAAGGCAGAGCUACAAGCUUCGUUGCUGUCCUGGCUAGGUACAGGUGCGACUACCGUCGUGGGAGUGGCAUCCCUAUAUGCAUUUUAUAAAGCAUUUAUCUCUUUGAAAUGGAUCACGGUCGGCAGAAGCUUUCCCAGAUUCUGAUGCAGGCACUAGACAGGACGCUCGGUGGAUUAAUGAGCCACUGCCUUGGUAUAAGACAGUGGCUGGUAUUAACGCAUAUAAUUCUUUAGACACGUAUCUAGAUCGAAAACGCCGGCAAAAAUUCUGAUUGGUGUAAGGGUAUCUUAAAUAUUCAACUCGGGAAAGAUACGGUCGUUCGCAAGCCAAAAAUAAGCAGUGUGCAUGCGAAAGGCCAGCUCAAUAAGCCACCUAUCAAGGUUUUGCAUUAUAGUCCACGUAAGGUGCCCCUUCCAACGACGACACAAUUUAUCCAAGAAAUGAGAGCACGCAGAAUUCAUAAAAAGCUCCGUGAUACGAUUCGCGACAAACAUGAGAGAGCACACACGUAGUGGACCCUCACCGUUUAGGUUUUCUUCGGUGGCCGACCGCGCUUCUUCUUCGUGGUAGGUUCCCCUGCGGUCUCGCCAUCUGCGUCCUCUGCAGUAGGUUCAGGUUUGGGCUUGGGGGGACGACCUCGCUUGCGCUUAAGUGGUGGUUCGCCAUCUGGUGCCGAUUCCUGAGGCUUCUCCUGAGAAUUUCAGAAUUUGAGAAGGCGUGAGGGAAGUC